AUGGCGGACCCAGUGAGCUUUGCGGAGGAGGCUGCUGCGGCAGCCUCGGCCGAAUCGCAGCAGCCCGCGCCUACGUUCGAAGGCGAGAACAAGUUUCAACAUGCCAUCUCGGUAUGGAGGAACCUCGACUUGACGACCCUCACAUCUAAGCUCGAUAAUACGGCAUCGGAAAUUGUGACCUACCAACGAGACUCGACGGUCCAGCGCAAGGACCUGGCUCAGAAGACCAAGGAAUUCCGCAAAAUGGACGAUGAGUCCAAGCUUAGCGAAGUCAAGGGAUUACUCAAAGCAUACCAGGGCUUCAUUGAUGUCCUCACGAACCACUCCAAAUCUGUCAACUCGGCCUUUUUGCAGGCAUAUUCGUCCUUAUCCGAAGUCCCCGACCCCUACCCGCUGCUGGAAGCCUCGGUCGAUUCUAUGCUCGUAUCCGAAGACACGCUCCCCAGGCUGACCGAAGAGAAUAAGCACCUUCAGCAGAACCUGUCACAGGUCACGGCGACGCUGGAGGAAACAGAGGCUAAGCUGCAGAGCGAGCGAACAGCGCGCAGGGAGAUCGAAGACAACCUAGAGAAGCGUGUCAGGGAUGUCGAGUCGUCAUGGAAUGCCGUCCUUGAGGAGAAGACGGACAACUGGGCGGCCAAGGAGAAGACGAUGGAGGAAAAGGCCGAGAACCAAGAGCGUCUGCUCAAUGAGAUGCGGGCCAGCUACGAGGUCAGCCAGCGAAUGGGCAAGAGCGGCGGGGAUGAGAGUACGCAGCGUAGCCACGUCUCAAGCGUCGAGAUGGAGAUGCUGCACUCAGACCUUGAGCGCGCGAGCACCCGGUUGGCCGAGGUAGAGGCAAGGAAUGAGCAGCUGAGGAUAGACCUGGCCCAAGCUAAGUCGACCGUGUCGAACCAGACCGAGGCGUCGCUGGAGGAUGACCCUGGAUACAUGCGCAUGCGCGCAGAAAACUCGUCACUCAUCCGGAAGCUCGACGGCUCCAGGGUCGAGAAGGAGGCGUUGAGACGGGAAUUCGACCAGAGGCUCCGGUCCCUGGAGAGGGAGACGGCCCUUCUCAAGGAGGAGAGAGAAUCUCUCAAGGCCAAAGUGGAGAAGUGGGGCGACUAUGAUGAGUUGAAGCAGGAGCUCGAGGUGCUCAAGAGCAUCGAGUUUGCUACAGGAGAUGAUGGCGAAGCGGGCAACGACCUGGGUGAAGACGCCAAGAGCGGUACGAAGGACACACUGGAGACGCUUCUGCUGGCACGCAACAAGAAGCUAGGCGAUGAGCUCACGGUGCUUCGUGUGUCGUACCAGGGCGUCAACACGCGACUCGAAGACCUACAGGAGGAGCUGUCGAGGACAAACGCCGAGCUAGAGAAGGCGCGCAACCUCAAUGAGAAGCUGGAGGCCGACCUGGAGGCCAUGCAUACCGAGGGGGCCAACGCUUUCCCGUCUGGCGUAUCGGUGGCUGGAACUUACGUGACGCGUGGACCGCCAGCUACUACACGCAGGGGAGGUGGCAGGAGCUCGCCGACGUCAUCCAUAAUCAGCGGUCUGGACCCGAGGUCAUCACUGGCCGGUGAGCGCGAACCAAUGGGUGGGGGAUCGGGCAUCCUGCCCAUGGUCAAGGCGCAGCGCGACCGAUUCAAGAAGAAGAACUCUGAGCUGGAGCGCGAACUGUCGGAGAACCACCGGGCAUUGCAGCAGCUGCGGCACGAGGUGGCAGCGCUACAAAAGGAUAACCUCAACCUGUACGAGAAGACGCGAUACGUGUCGACGUAUAACCGCGGCGGUGCCACAGCCGCAACGUCAUCAGCCUACACCGGGAGCCCGAACCCGUCGACAGUGGCCAUAGGCACCAGCGGCGGCGCAGGCAGCCCGGGCAUAGAGCUAGACCGGUACCGCAAGGCGUACGAAUCCAACCUGUCGCCCUUUGCGGCGUUCCGGGGCCGCGAGUCGGCGCGCGCCUACCGCCGCAUGAGCUUCCCCGAGCGCAUCGUCUAUUCUAUCACGCGCAUGGUCAUGGCAUCCCGCACCAGCCGCAACAUCUUUGCCGCGUACUGUCUCGCCCUACACGUCCUCGUCUUCCUGUCACUGUACUGGCUCGGGACUGCCGAUUCGGACACGCAUGCCAGCCAGCUGGGAUCCACUAUGGCUGCUGCCGGAGGUGCCGCUGCUGGCGGGGUGGCCGGUGGGAGGACAGGAGGCGUAGGAGGAGCUGCGGCGGGGGGCAACUCGCAGAAUAUCCCGCAGGGCCACGGUCAAUGGAAGCAGGAUGGCUUCGGAGGUCGGUAA